AACUUUGAUGCUCAAUCUUUUUGAGAAUUUGUCAUCAUCUUGUAUCGAUUUUGGGAUUUUUAUUUUCGUUUUUUUUUUUUGUCUAAAUCAAUGUGACGUGACCGCAAUAUUUGAAAACUAUCUAAACAAAAAAAGCUCUUAAAAGGUUCUAAACUAAACAUACCUUCAGUGCAUUGGUUUUGAAAAGUAGGAAUACCUAUCUUAUAAUUUUGUUUAAGUUUUAAGUGAAAAAUAUUUAAAUUUAUUCAAAAAAGGUGAUAUCUAUAAUUCGUUAUACCUACACAUCGCUUUCAACACAAACUUGUCAUUAGCAAUUUGAGAAAAUUAUAAAUAUUUUAUCAAAAUGUCAUCAGAAAAUAACGAGACGGCAAUUGAAAAUCAUCAUCAAAAUUCAAAAACGGGGAAUUAUUCAAAUUUUAAAGACAUGUCAUCAAAUCAUGGAAACACUUUAACCCCAACAAAUAACUCAAUCGAUUCAAUAAAAAGUUCAGCAACGAGUAGCAUGCGAAGAAAUACAAGCUUUGGAAAUAUUGUUCCAGCAACUUCAAAAGAAUCCAAAGUCAGAGUUAUUUAUACUGGUGGAACUAUUGGAAUGAUGAGAAAUGAAAGUAAUGUGCUCGUACCGAUUCCAAAUGCUUUGGUGAAAACAAUUCGAAAAUAUCCUAAUAUGCAUGAUCAGGCCUAUGCUGAAAAAAGAUUUGGCACAGCAGCUGGAAUGGCACCAUUGAUUCUUCCAUUCAUAGAUGGGAUACCAAAUCGAGUUAUUUACACUAUAACGGAAUACAAUCCGCUUUUGGAUUCCAGUAAUAUGACAACUGAUGACUGGGUGCGAAUUGCCAAGGAUAUUCAUCAAUCCUAUGAAUUUUUCGAUGCAUUUGUGGUGCUCCACGGUACCGAUACACUGGCCUAUACUGCUUCAGCGCUGUCAUUUAUGUUGGAGAAUCUCGGAAAAACUGUCAUAAUCACUGGUUCACAAAUUCCCAUCUUUGACACCCGCACCGAUGGCAAGGAUAAUUUCACCACAGCCCUUAGCAUAGCUGGGAAUUAUGUCAUUCCGGAGGUGUGUGUCCUGUUUGGCAAUAAAUUGAUGCGUGGCAAUCGAACCAUCAAAGUUAGCUGUGAUGACCUCAAUGCCUUCGAUACUCCAAACAAUGUUCCUAUUGGUCGAAUUGGAAUUAACUAUGAAAUCGAUUUUCGUCUCAUAUUUCGUCCAUGUACUAUCAGUCGUUUUGUUGUACAUGCCGAUAUGGAUGUUAACGUCGGAUUGUUGCGAUUGUUCCCAAGCAUAACUAGUUCAACGUUUAGGGCAUUUUUAGCGCCCCCUAUGAAGGGCGUAGUUCUACAAUCAUUCGGAUCUGGCAACAUUCCAUCGAAUCGAAAAGAUAUUUUGGAAGAAAUUCGGGCUGCUUCGGAACGUGGUGUGAUUAUUGUCAACUGCACGCAGUGUCUAAAUGGUUCUGUUGCUGAAAUUUAUGAUACGGGGAAAGUUCUCAGAGAAUUAGGGGUUGUUCCGGGCUAUGAUAUGACUCCGGAAGCAGCUGUUACAAAACUUUCCUAUGUUUUAGGCAAAAGUGACUGGACUUUAGAAUACAAAAAGCAGGUUAUGCAAUCUAACAUUCGUGGUGAAUUAACUGCCGAGAGUCCAUUGAUGGAAGAUUAUGAUCUUAUUGAAGCAGUAGCUAGAUCUCUGCAUUUAUCAUCCCCUGCAGAACUAUCUCAACUCGGGGCAACUCUCUUCCCAGCAAUGUUGAAUGCUGCUGUCUUGGCCGGAGACAUUAAGAAGAUCAACAAUCUUAAAGCUUAUGGUGCCGAUCUGUCUGGAGUUAAUCAUGACAAUCGCACAGCCCUUCACAUUGCUUGUCACGAAGGCAAUCUCCCAAUUGUCAAUCUUUUACUCAAAAAUGGUGUUUCAGUGCACAUUCGUGAUCGAUACGAUCGUACUCCCCUUAUGGAAGCCGUUUGCACCGAUCAUCACGAAAUCAUUCAAUUGCUCUUGAGCUGUGGUGCUCAUUUAACUGGAUCAACGCGAGCAAUUGGCGAAAAACUUUGUUCCUCUGCAGCACGUGGAUCAUUGCUGAGGUUGCAAUCAUACCAGCUAGCUGGAGCUGAUUUAGCUCAACCAGAUCAUUCGGGAAGGACGGCAUUGCAUGUUGCUGCACUGCAUGGUCAUUUGGAAAUCGUUAAAUUUCUGAUAGCAAAUUAUGAUGAUAUAAAUGCAAAAGACAAGUUGGGACUUACAGCAUUGCAAUAUGCACAGUCAGCAGAGCACGAAGAAGUUAUUAAAUUAUUCGAUGGUUCUUUACAGUGACGAUUUAUAUAAAUAG